AUGUUGAUUGUAUCUCGCGGGGAACUGGCAACUUUCCGCAACAGCGGCGGCGGCGGCGUGGACAAGCCAACUGCGGCGAAUCGCUUAGCCCGCGUGCGCGCGCGUUUAUUUGAGAGAAAAACAGACAGACAUUCCUCGCUAUCUGGCGCGAGUGUUGAUUUUGUUUCAACUGCGCGCGAGAAGGAGCGUAUUCGAUUUAACGUUUCACCUCUUUACGCAUGGGCGCCGUUAUCUGGACUGGUGGUGGGCGGGAUCGGUAUCUGGACGGUGAUUUCGAAGCACAGCUACGUGUCCCUGAUGACGACCUCGACGUACCCGGCACUGGCGUACGCUUUGAUCGUAGCAGGUGUCCUGGCUGUGGUCGGUAGCUGGCUGGGAUGUGGCGGCGUUACCUCUGAAAAUAGAUGCGUUCUUCUUAUAUACGUGUUCGUGGUGAUGCUGGUGUUCGUGCUGGAAGCGGGUGUCGGUGCCCUGGCGCGGCUCUACGAGGAACAAGUCGGUCCUGAAUUGAAGAUGAACCUUAAUCGCACGUUCCUCGAGAACUACGCCAUGAGGCGCAAGGAAACUUCGGCGAUCGACCAGAUGCAGAUAGAGGUAAGUACCGACGACGUACACGAGACCCGAUCGGACACGAGCGCUCGAUCGAUCGCUUCGAGAGGGUAAACAUUUACCCGUGAA